AUGGUAUCAAUACGAGGAAUUGAUCAUAGCCUUAAAGAGACUUUAGCGAUUAAUGCGAACUUGUCUGCACUCACCAAUGUUAUUGUCAAUGGCAGUGACACAGGUGUAGUAACAAUAGAUAGUACCAACGAAUUUGGAUUUGGAAGUGCACCAGAAGACUUCACAGCGGUGUUAAGCAAAUUGCAGUACAGGAGUGAAGGUGAACCGGUCGUCGUUACCCGGCACAUCGACUUUGAGAUUUCUAGUAGCGGCGUCACCGUAGCGAAUUACACCAUUACGGUCACUAUCAAACCUGUUAAUGACAAUCCACCAAUUAUAGACUUGGACGGUGAUGCCAAUGGAGUCGACUAUAAUGUGACGUUCGAGGAAGAAAUGGAGUCGGUCGUGUUGUCUAAAAAUUUGAUGAUCACGGACAAAGACAUGCCGUCGGUGGACAAUCGCGUGAGUGAGGCAGAGGUAUUCAUCAUGAAGGCUAUGCGUGAAGACAUGCUGUACAUUUACAAUGAGAGUUGCAAUGGUGCAUCUGAUAUUGAUAUCAAAGGGAACAUGACCAACAAGCUAACCCUCAACAACACUGCAAACCUGACUGUCUACGCAUGCGUGUUGGCAACCGUUCGUUAUGAUAACAUGGCCGAUAUACUGAAUUCUACAUUUCCACGAACUGUGACCUUCACCGUGAACGACGGCCAAAGUCACAACAGUUCAGCAACUACCACUGUCAAUCUGAUGGAAUUUUUCGAUCCACCCCGGUUGUUCCCUAACGGAAAAUCUCUUUCGUUCAACACCUCGUUUGAUGAAGCAACGGCCAGUCCUGUGCCUUUAGUGAACGUAAGUGGUUGGACACUCGUAGACGACGACAGCACACAGCUACACAACGGUACUAUCUCUAUUGUCAAUGUGGACGCCAUGAACGACGUCCUGAACGUCACUAAGCCAGAUCCUGCAAUUGAAGCCAACUACAAUGCAACGACGGGUGUUUUGUCGCUCAACGGCAUUGCUGCGGUCUCAAAGUAUGAAGCACUGAUUGGCAAUGUUACGUUCUACAACCUAAACAAGUGUUUCAAGAAACCUGAAACACGUACCAUAUCUUUGGUCGUCCGGGACGAUCGCAACCGUUCGAGUUCUCUCGCGACUACAUGGAUAUCGAUCGUACCCUUCAACGAUCCGCCCGAGCUUUCACUAAAUGGACUGACGACGCUAACCUACACGUUCACUCGGAACGGAGACCGUCCCGAUCUGAUGCUAGCAAACAUGGUGGAGAUAGUCGACUGCGACAAUGAUACUCUAGACAACGUAAAGGUUACCAUCGCUCAAGCUGGAGACUCUACGAGUGGCGAGGAAACCUUGAUGUUUGACAACAGCGGGACGGAUGUUGUGGUGUCCAGCAGCUCUAUAGUCGACUUUGCGUUAUCUUAUAAUUUGACAAACGGAACGUCGGUCGACGAAUUUCAGCGCGUUCUCCGCACGGUCGUUUACAAGAACACAGCAGACAUACCGGCCGGUAAUCCGCGAGACAUCACCAUCACUAUAUCUGACGGGUCGAACUCCGUCUCGUCGACCAUCCGUCUAACAAUGGAUCAACAGCCGUCGAAGCCGAUUGUAAAAUUGGGAGACGGUGACGACGCAGUGUAUCGUGAAGACGGCGAAGCAUUGGCUUUCUUGAAUAUCACGGGAGUCGACGUGAUGCCGGGUGACACGGAUUUUUUGCUGUCUGCGACAUUAACUGUUACCAAUCCGAAAAAUGAGCUGGACGAGCUGCGUUUUUCGGGUGAUCUGGGAUCCGAGGCUUCGGUGUCUGGUCAAAAUUCAAGUAUUCUUACUAUCACAGUUAAUGGAUUUAGCAACGUUUUGGACUCGAAGUUGGAAGAAUGGUUGAAAAUGGUGACUUUCAGGAGUUACGAUCAGGCGCCGAACUACGCGAGAAACAUCUCUGUCGUCGUCAAGGACUUUCCGUUGCAGCGUUCCAGUGCUCCGUUAUUCGUUGUUGUGCAAAUCGAGGCCGUCAAUGAUCAGCCUGUAGUUACCGAACCGCCUCUUAUGAAGUCGGUGACGCUGAAGGACUACUUACCGCAAACGGUCAAUAAUCCGGGGUAUCGUAUUGAUACCAUAAUCAACGGCAGUGUGGUGACGGACGUCGAUGAAGUCGAUCCCGUCGGUAUUGCGAUUAUCAGUGAGUCUCAAAGCGAUGGAUUAGUAGGUCGGUGGCAAUACUGGAUCAACGAUUUAUGGAAAAACUUUUCUUCGCCUACAGACUGUGGACCCCUUUUUCUUCUGCCGUCUACUUCGGUUCGUUUCAAACCGUUUGCGAGCUCAUCGAAAGCAGAUGGAACGGCAACGUUCGAAUAUCGCGUUUGGGACAACAGCAGUAAAUCUGUUUGUGAUAACGGCUCUCUCCCGUUGACGGAAACCUCUCCAGUUAGUAUAAAAACUGAGAACUUUUCUGUUGGUGUCGUGUAUUCUAAUCACGCACCGACCAUCGAUGCCAACUUGAUAGCGAAUUUCACGUUCAUAGAUGAAGAUCUGGAUGAGGCGGAAAACGACGGAGACGUCGUUUCUGCCGUCGUGUCGCAAGUCGCCGCCGACGCCGACGACGCGAAGGAAGACGUCGGCGCCGCCGUCAUCUGGGUCGGUAACGAAAACGGCGUCUGGCAGUACCGAGUGAAGAAGAACGAAACGUGGACGAACAUUCCGACUGCAGUGAAUACCACGAGGGCAUUCUUGAUCGCUCCUUUAUCUUACAUUCGAUUUCUUCCCGACCUCAAUGAGUUCGGACGUCGAUCGAUCCGAUUCAAGGCUUGGGACGGGUCAGAGUCCAGUCAACGCAACUUUGUUAACACGACGGCAAGCGACAGGCAUUCUGGCUCAUUUUCUUUCAAUAAUGCUACGGCCGGUAUUGAAGUGAAGAGUGUCAACGACGCUCCUGUAGUGGAUGUCUCUAAUGUCAGCAGACGAGUAUACAGAGAAAAUGGAAAAGCCGUGUCCGUAUUUUCGAAUCAGCUAGCUAUUUCUGAUGUGGACAGUAAAACUUUGUCAUCCGUAACUGUUACUCUGACCAGAAGCAAAUUAUCUGGAGGAGACUGUAAGGGGAUACCUAGUGAGACAGACUCCGGUUCCGGUGAAGGUCCCGGACUGAGUAACAGCAGCAGUUCGUCGACAGGUGAUUGUUCUGGCACUCACAGUGAUUCGAUCGAAUCCGAUUGUUUGAGCUUUACCGGCUCUACGUCAGGCUUGGAUAUAACUUUUACGUACACCGACACUUUGACGGUUUUGGUCAAGGCAAAAUGGAAUAACAUCUCACGGAGUCGGUUUGUGGAUUUUUUUAAUACGAUGGAGUUCUCCAACACCGCAAACGAGACGACCAAUGUCAAUCGUUCUAUCACCGUGACGGCGUCGGACGGGAAGAAUACAUCCAAAGAAGCGACGGUCAUAAUGCAAGUUGAGCUUGUGAAUGAUAAUUCUCCCAUAUUAUCUGUGCCAUCUAAUUCUUUGGAAUUUAUCGAAGACAGCAAGAUGACGUCACUCUUUAUGUCAAAUCCUACCAUAACGGACGACGAUUGCAAUGAAAUAUUUUUCAUCAAGAAUGCACGGAUUACUCUUUCAGGAUACCAAGACUCGACCAAAGAGAAUGUGACAUCAACAAAUGUGUCUGACAGUGGAACGGUUGUGCAAACGUGGAACUCUACAAGUGGUGUGCUGGAAAUAACAGGAAACGCUUCGGUGUCUAGGUAUCAAACAAUUCUGGGCUCUUUGGUUUAUUACAAUGAGGUCUCUGAGCCCAAUGGAGACAACCGGAACGUUACUAUUUGGGUAUUUGAUGGGCAGUUUAUGAGCAACGUCGAGGUGGUUACCAUCUCUGUGGUUCUGAUAAACGACCAGACGCCAGUACUUUUACUCGAUGCGGACAACAUGGCUGUCAACACAACGGCCGUUUUCACUGAGAACAACACGGUGGCGGUAGGCGUGAACGUGGCCAAGAGGGUGACGCUGGUAGACCCCGAUUCUAUAUACACACGACCUGUGUGUGACAUCAUAAACAUUGAAAAUCCUCGAAAUCCUAGUAAAGAGAUGAUAUACUUGGAAUCCGGACCGGUUGGUUCUGUAACCAAUCAGUCUACAAACCAUAGGAUUACUCUGAUUGCAGGCGACUCUUUGAGUGAAAUUGCUGAGACAUUUCAAAGAGUCAGGUACAUCAACAAGGCUGAAGAACCCGAUCCCACUCCUCGAGUAAUCUGUUUCCAGGUUAUCGACAUGCAAACAAACGCUGGAAACGUGACCGUGACUGCCUGUUCGAACAUCACAGUCUCGCUAGUUAAUGAUCCUCCUCAACUGACGUUAGAAGGUGAUGUGGUGAAGUACGCGGAAGGUGAUCCACCAGUCGAUGUCUUACCUAAUGUUACCGUGAGGGACGUCGACAACAAGUCACUUUCGAUUGGUUACAUUUAUUUCAAAGUUUCAAAUGGCAGCGUCUUCGAACCUGGACAGGAUUUGUUAGUUCUCGACACGAGUAAUACAUUGGUCACAGAAAACUACAAUGAAUCUUUAGGAAUUGCCACAUUGUCUGGCCCUGCUUCGCUUGACGACUUCCAAACCGUUCUUCGCAGAUUGACAUACAAAUAUGCAACAGCAAAGGGAGACCCCGUGCAAGGAGAUCGCGAGAUUCGCUGCGUCGUCAACGACGGUUUGGUCAACAGCACUGUUGCAAUAGUUACGGUCGACUUCACGACUGUCAACAAUCGACCGGUUCUCUUUCUCGGAGGCACCUCCGACAAAAGGAACGUGACCGUGACGUUUACCGAAGAAAAAGGAUUUAUUGGAGUCGUCGAGGACAGCGUGACUCUGACCGAUCCAGACAACACCGAGUUAAGCCACGUUAUUGUCAAUCUUACCAAUGCUGAUAAGGCAGAGUAUUUGACAGCCAUCAAAUCGGGUGGAGUGAAUGUAACGGGAAAUCGUACUUCCGUGUUGCGUCUUGACGGUCCUGCUACGACGGGAGACUUUAUCAAUGUCCUUAAGACUGUCAUGUACAACAACACAGACGACGAACCGUUGAUGCAAACCAGGGUGGUCGAAUUUACCGCGUCGGACGGCGAUAGAAUAAGCGAACUCGUGACGUCGACGAUACGGAUUGCGUUCGUCAACGAUCGUCCGCGUCUCGAUCUCAACGGUUCGGCCGUCGGUACGGGUUCGAGUGUGACGUUUGUGGAAAACGGUCCACCCGUUUCACUCGCGACGUUCAACGUUUCCGUCAAGGACGACGAUAACAGCACUAUGACUCAAGUGCAAGUGAUCCUCGCGAAUGUUUUGGACGGCGCCGACGAAACGAUAAACCAUAACGCGAAUUUGUUGAAUGUCACGAGCUCGGUACAAAAUGAUACGUACACAUACGAUUUUGAUCCGCCUGCUAGUCUGUCGGAAGUUGAACAAUUUAUCGCCGACUUGACGUACAAUAACGCUGCGGACGAGCCAAGUCUCGGCGACCGUCGGGCAAACGUUUCCGUGUAUGACGGAAAACAUCACAGCAACGUGGCUGCUGCUAUUAUCUCCAUACAGCCAGUGAACGACGAGACUCCGACGUUUGAUCAAACGCUUUACAACGCAAAUGUGACGGAAGAAGCGAAGUCUGCGCAGGUCGUAUCCGUCACCGCAACCGACGCCGACGCCGACGACCACAAUAUGAAAACUACAAUAACGUACGAAAUUUCGAGUAGCAACUGUAGUGGAAGUUUUGUUCUUAACUCGACGAGUGGCGAAAUUCGCACUUCGGAUAGUACUCCACCCGAUAGAGACCGAGAUAUGAUGGAUUAUUGUACAAUCAAUGUGACGGCGACCGACGGUGAACUCAACGGUACCGCAACGGUCGUCGUCCGUAUUGUCGAUAUUAAUGACAACGAUCCUACAUUUGUUUCAUACCCGAAGACGGAUGUUAAUGUGAGCGAAUCGAGAGAAGUCGGGGUUGAGGUAUUUAACGUGUCUGCCACGGAUAUCGACGCUGGAGAUAACGGACGGAUCGAAUACAGUAUACGACCGCCGAGUUUGUUUUUCAAUAUCAGCAGUGACGGCAGCGUCCGAAUUGUUCAAAGCCUUGACUUCGAGUACAAACGUAAAUUCAAUGUCCCUAUUAUUGCUAGAGAUUUUGGUAACUCACCUCGAUCGUCCAAUGUAACGGUCGUCGUGGUCAUUGUCAACGUCAACGAGCAUCCUCCUGUGUUCGAUCCGGUCGACUACAGCAGUACUCUGUGUGAGACUCCUGACACCAAUGUUACUGUCGUCACGGUAAAAGCUACAGACAUGGACGACGGUUCUUUUGGAUUCGUUACGUACGAACUCGAUCACACGAUCUUCACAGUUCAUAUAACCUCUGGUCGCGUUUACAAUAUGAAACCGCUUGACUUUGAGGCUUCCAAGAGCUACGAGCUGACAGUGACGGCCAAAGAUGGUGGAGACAAGACAGCUAAUGCAACUGUGUUCGUCUACAUCCAUAACGAGAACGACAACUCGCCCGUUUUUUCGACAUCGAAAAUUGUUAACGUGUCCGAAAAUGAAACAGUUGGCAAGGUUUUCUAUUCCAGUUUAGCCACAGACAACGACAAGUGCGUCUAUGAUCAAUGCGACAAUGGUGAAAGCAUCGACUGCGAGGAUAGAUGCAUGAGCGAAUCUAUGGCCCCGUUUUCUGGGUCAGCAUCCGGCAGUGGCUGUCAACCAGCUUUGUUGAACACUCUGUCGUACUCACUUAUCAAUUCGUCUGACGUACCGUUUGAUAUCAACAGCGACAAUGGUGACAUAUCCGUUACAGGGUCUCUUGAUCGAGAGACCAAAGAUGAGUACAGCAUUACAGUUCGAGUCACUGAUAAUAAGCACACAGUGGAGAAGAAUUUGACUAUCAUGGUGACUGAUAUCAAUGACAACGUACCUGUCUUUGAGAAAUCGAACUACUCUGCUAACGUCACCGAGAACGUGGAUACGGGAACUUUUGUUGUGACGGUCGUAGCCAAUGAUAAAGACAUCGGAUCCAAUGGAAUGGUAACGUAUAGAUUAGAUGGUAAUUUCUCAUCUCAUUUCAACAUCAGUUCUACGGGGGAAGUCACUGUUGCAGUCUUAAUCGAUCGAGAAAGCAUAGAAAUGUACGAUUUGGAGGUAAUAGCUGAAGACCAAGGGAAUCCAAGAAGAAGAAGCACUGCCACCCUCAAAAUCAAAGUCAGAGAUUUGAAUGAUAAUACGCCCGAUUUCGUUGAUGAUAAAUAUGAUCGCAAGGUCGACGAAGACGACGGCAGACUGUCGUCGAAUUCGAGCUUCAAGCCUCGAGAAAUUCUUACUGUAAGUGCUAAGGACCCGGAUCUUUACGACGGAGGCAUGAUUACCUACACGAUCGCUAGUGGUGCUACAAACGCGUUCAGUGUUGAUGCGACUUCGGGCGUUGUUCGUUCAAGCAAAGUUUUGGAUCGAGAGGAGACGAUCUCGUACUUCUUUGUCGUCGAGGCUCGAGAUUCCGGCUCGAACGCGACGUCGUCGACUGUCAACGUGACGGUCACGUUGCUCGACCUGAACGACAACCCUCCUCGUUCUCUUUUAGAGAACACGACACGUACAGUGAGGGAAAACGCAACGAUUGGGACGACGGUGUUCGCAGAGCUAAAAAUUGAAGACAAAGACGAGGGUGACAACGGUCGGGUAGUGUUUAGUGAAGGAGGUGAUUUCCCGGAUAAGUUUAGGUUGGACAAAGACAAUGGUUCGAUCUCCGUUGCACGAGAACUAGACAGAGAGGCAAAGGCUCGUUACGAAUUUAACGUUAAUGCCGUCGAUCAGGCUACGAAUGUUACCGACCGACUUAACACUACUAUUCGCCUCGUCGUUCGUGUACUCGACGUAAACGACAAUUUUCCGGUUAUUUCUCCAGAUUCGAGCGGCGUCCGACUCGACGAGACGGCAGGCAUUGGAACAGUCGUCACUAACUUUUCCGUUUCGGAUCCGGACGUCGGCAAUAACGGACGACUGAAUGUGACAUUGCGUCCGUCGGGAACACCCUUUAAUGCCACUCUAAUUGAUGGAGAGGCCGUCGUCGUGCUCUCUUAUCGUCUCGACUACGAGAAAAAUCGUUCCCACAGUGUAGAUCUUGUAGUCCAAGAUGGCGGCGUUCCCCCGCUUUCCUCGUCGGCCGCCAUCUUGGUAGAAGUUGUGAACAAGAACGACGAGCCGCCGUUUGUUGUGAAUUUGAAUGGUGAUGAUAUCUUUUACAUCGAAGGAUCGAGCGAUGUAGAAUUGAAACCAGAUUUUGACAUUACGGACGCGGACGGGCCUGAAUUCGCGAUGCUUUACAAUAGCUCGGUAAGACUCGUCGACGGAGAGAAGUUCGAAGUCGGGAUGGAGCCGUUUAGCUGUCCAGCCGAAAUUUCAAACAAAAUUAACAAAAUCGAAGGAUGCGGCUUUAGUCCUAUUGUUGUCGUUACCGACGAGGACAAUCUGGUCGUGCAAAGUGGUGCUCGACUGGAUGGAAACACGUUGUUUCUGGACGGCGUCGACGACUUUGCCGACUUAAAGGGUAACAUUGCCGACGUUAGCGAUGGUAUUACUAUCGCUUCGUGGGUGUAUUUGGAUACUCUUCCGAGCGUUGGAAACGAAUUUGCGAUUUUAAGCAAGCGACAUCCUGUCGGAGAUGGGCACUACUACACUGUCUGUGUGCUGCACGACGGAAAGAUACGCGUUCGCACGACAAAUACGUCAGGAACUCAGAUCUCGGAUCUGACGGGCGUUGGUUCUAAGUGUGUUGGAAAUUACUGUAUGAUUGCUGUGAUCAUUAAGAAGUACGACGCCACUCACUGGAUUGUUGAGGUGUUUGUCGACGGGGAACCCGCCGGUCGAGCUUUCGUCGAUCCGAUUGUCGACGACAGCGGACGGACGUAUGUGGGUGCCACAGCGGCUGGCAACGACCCCCUGGAAAAGUUUCUGUCCGGUCAAAUUCAUCUUCUCUUCGUCGACGUAUCUUCGACGGGUCGACUGGAGUUUCUCAAAUGCAUUAAGGGAUGCGGAGAGGCGUUACGGACGAGCGUCGACGACCUUCCUGUCGGCUUGGCGGCAGCGUACAGCUACGAUACUGCGACGCUGACUAUUUCCGGCAAGGCGAGUUUCGCAGAAUACGUUUCCGUUUUGAAUUCGCUGGUUUAUGUCAGUGAUGUGGAAGAACCGUUAUCCGGAACGCGAACCGUUAGCGUUACCGUCUCUGAUGGCGCAUUUGUUAACCAACUACCGGGAAUUAUUACCAUCAAGCUUGCGUUGACGAACGACAAUCCACCGGUCUUGAAUCUGAAUGGUCAACUCGGUGCCAAUUUCUCGGUCGUGUUUAAGGAGGACGACUCUGUAGGCGGUGCCAUAAAUAUAACUAACACUUCUGGACUGACUUUAACCGACAUGGAUCGUGGCGUUUAUGCUUACACCGUUGAGGUUUUCAUUCUCAAUGCAAUGGAUGGGCCCAACGAGGUCCUCGCCGUGGGUGAAAAUCAGAUGUUUGUGUAUAAUAACAGCACUAACGUUUUGACUUUUACUGCUACGGUAGAAGCGUCGGAAUUGCAAGAUAUCUUGAGAUCAGUAACAUACGACAACACGGCGGAAGAGCCCGACAGUGAGUCGAGAAUUAUCAGAUUUUCUGUGAAGGAUGGUUCUCGGCAAGAAAGCGAGCAUGUUUACUCGAUUGUUUCUAUUUCAUUCGUCAAUGAUCCUCCUGUUCUCGGCUUGUUCUCGAUCGUGAACUAUGAUGAAGGAGACGGUCGCAAAUCCGUCAAUUUAAACCUAACAAUUUUAGACAAUGACAACGUUACACUGAUUAAUGCAACUGCGUUUAUUACGUCAGCCCUUGAUCUUCCUAGGGAGCGUCUCGAUGUCAACACGACAGGAACAAAGAUAUCGAAGUCAUACAAUAAUGCGACGGGAACAUUGAGCUUAUCGGGAGAAGACGAUAUGACCAUUUACGAGACAGUUUUGAAAUCUUUGACAUACGAACACCUGGGACAAAACGACCCGACGCCUGGACCUAGAAUGGUCGUGACGCGAGUGUUCGACGGUUUGACUUACAGCAAUGAUGUGGAAGCUAUGAUCACGUUUAGUGCUGUCAAUGAUGCUCCCAUUGUUGACCUUAAUGGUCCGUCCGUUCCUGGAUUUUCUUUUAAAGCACGCUUUACGGAAGGCUCUCCCCCUACGAAAAUCGUCAGCACAGACGCAUAUAUAAAAGAUGUCGACGACAAGGUAUUGACGUAUUUGAAUGCGACGCUCACCAGUCGUCCGAACGGCAAUGUAGAGAGGCUUAACAUCACUAUUCCAGCAUCAACCACUUUGCAGCAAACGUACGACUCUAGCACGGGUGUGUUGACCGUGACGUCGACAACGGGAAAUGCGUCCGUCGAUGACUUUCAAUCUGUGCUUCGAACUCUGACAUAUCACAAUGCGGCGGACGAGUUGACGGGCGACGGCCGAAACGUGACUGUCGUUGCCAGCGACGGCAGGCUGUCGAGUCUAGUUGCUACCAUCGCGAUCACCAUGGCGUCGUCCGACGACAAACCGGUUAUUACGAUUCCUUCCAAUGCGACGGCAACCUUUGUCGACAGUUCUGGUCCCGUCAACAUUCUUGCCGAGUAUUCCGUUAUGAUUACCGAUGCUGACGUUAAUUCCCGUAUACAUUCGUUCCGCUUUAUACUUCGACGGGUAGAAAACGUCACGCUCGAGAGUCUGUCCUUUACCGGCAUCGACGAUUACGUCGUCGUGGUGACGAAAGGUGUCGAUUGGAUCGACUACAAUGUGACACACAAUGCGAGCGGCAUCGACCUUAAUUCUGCAGCCGAUUUCGUCGAGGGAGUUAAAUAUGAGUCGGAGAUCGAUGAGCCGGACGCAGGAAUUCGUCGUGUGGUCGACAUCAGAGUGCACGACGGAGCUCUCAACAGCGACUUCGUAAAUGUAACGCUCAACAUACAACUCAUUAACGAUCACACUCCACGAUUCGUUCAGCCUGACGGCUACAUGGGAAGUGUCAGCGAAAAUGCGUCUCCACAGUCUGUCCUGCGCGUUGUGGCUACAGACCGAGACCGAGGCUCCGACGGUGUGGUAAGAUACAGUCUUCGUUCCUGUCAAUGUGUUUAUCAAAUCGAUAUGGGAAUGAGUAUCGAUCCGAUUCGAAGAGACUGCAGUGGUAGUCCGUUCUCUGUCGGGAACGCGAGCGGAGACGUCAACACAACAAAGUCACUGAACAGAGAGGAAACGAGUGUUUGCUAUAUUGCAGUGAGGGCCGUCGAUCUCGGCAGUUCGAGCAUGAGUGCGACGGUCAACGUGACGGUAACCGUGACCGAUCGCAACGACGAGACUCCGUCGUUUAGUGACGACACCAGAUUUGCACUCGAUAUAUCAGAAAUCGUCAAGGUCGGAGAUGUGGCGUUUACUUUUACCGCUACCGACGACGACGAAUUGUCGACUGCAAAUAGCAACGUGGUCUACCGCAUUGUCGGCGGCACCGGCAAUAACACAUUUGAAAUCCCGGAUGAAAAGGUCGGAAACGUGACCGUCACCCGGUCUCUAGAUGCCGAUUCUCCUAAUGCCAUCACGUUCUAUACUCUCAUAGUAGAAGCUGCCGAUCGCGGCUCGCCGCCGUUGACGGUAAAUGCGACGUUUAACGUUACCGUUACCGACGUCGACGACAAUUGCCCGUAUUUUGAUCCGACGAUGUAUUCCGUUGCAAUACAAGAGAAUGCGACCGUCGGGACGGUUGUGCAAAACGUCAAGGUUUACGACAACGACGCCACAGAAGAAAACAGAAAAUUUUCCACGAAGAUCAUUGAAGGAAACGUUGGAAACGCUUUUACUGUAAACGGAACGCUAUUUGUGCUGAGUACUGCACUAGACAGGGAAACGACGUCGUGGUAUCGAGUCCGAGUUGCUGUACAAGAUCCGGCUGGCGUCUGUGAUUCGGCGCAUGCGUGGGUCAACGUCACCGUCCUCGACUUCAACGACGUUCGUCCAUGUUUCGAGCAAUCUUCGUAUCGUUUUACUGUCGACGAAAACGUGGCGUUGGACUACACAGUCGGUCGCAUUCUGGCCGUCGACGGCGACGAAGGAUCCAACGGUGACGUCAUGUACAAGUUGUCGUCUUCGACGCCUUCGGUAUUUGCCAUUCAUCCCACAUCUGGUGUUAUUACUACUAACGGCAGUCUGGAUCGAGAAAAGAACGAGUGUUUCCUAUUUGUUGUUAUUGCAACGGACAAAGGGAGUCCAUCCCUUUCCUGUAGUGGCAACGUUACUAUUUGUCUCAACGACACCAACGACCACAGUCCCGUUUUCGACCGCAAAAAUUACAGUUUUAAUGUCUCUGAGAACGACGGCAACGCCACUCUAGGUACCGUCGUUGCCCAAGACGACGACGCAACGGGGGAUUUUAACGUUAUUACUUUCUCCUUGAACGGAAACAGCGACAGCUUUAGUAUCGGCGCGUCUUCGGGAACGGUGUUUGUGUCGAAAGAGCUCGACUACGAGACUCGAUGUCUUUACGACUUUUCCGUCGUGGCAACCGAUCCGACGGGACGAAAAGCGACGGCUCGCGUUACUGUCUCGGUACUGGAUAAAAACGAGCAUGCGCCGUCGUUCGUCGACAAGAAUAAAACGGUCGAUCUCCUGGAGAGUGCUCCUCCUGACGGAUUCGUCUUGCGGUUGAGCGCCGACGACGACGACGUGUGCGACUCCGACAUGACGGCAGUUAACAAAAUAGACUACAUCUUGGUCGACGACGCGAGUGGCGUGUUUAGAAUCGCUUCCGAUAACGGAUCCGUGUAUCUCGUCCGUGCCGUCGAUUACGAGCACCGUCAAUCGUAUGUGAUCACCGCAAAGGCUACGGAUCAGGGCGGGCUGUCCAGUGUAUGUAACAUUACAAUUCGGAUUGUUAACGUGAACGACGUCGCACCGAUGUUUGUAAACAAGUCUUACAACGCAAGCGUUAAUGAGAAUGUUGCAUUGGGAACGGAGCUGUUUAUCGUGUCCGCCGUCGACGGUGAUAUGCCGCCGCAUAACGAUGUUCGGUACAGUGCGAAUGGUGCGGGCGCCGCCUAUGUCGCCGUCGGCCGUAAAUCUGGAAUUGUGACUGUCAACAAGAGUAUUGAUUUUGAAGUGACCGGACGAGCGGUUGAGUUUGAUAUUGUAGCGUCUGAUGGAGUGAGUUCGUCUUCUGUUCCUGUCACCGUGACGGUUUAUGAUUUGAACGACGAGCGUCCUGUGUGUACUGUAACUCCAGAUGAUGUGGUGCUUUCUCGAGCUCCAGCUUUCAUAGCAAGAGAUCUUGUAGUUAGUGAUCCGGACACCGACCACGACGACAUCGCGAACUCGAGUGUGACGUUGAGUGUUCCGCGGUGUGUGUUGGAUCUUGUGAACAACACCACAUACGGGACCCCGACUUUGAGUAAUCAGUUUGGAGACUGUGGCGCCGCCCAGGGAGUAGAACUCACCUAUCACAUGCUCGACUUUGCUGGAACAUAUUAUCCGGGUUACGGUUACAGUUUUAUUGGAGGUUAUUACGGAAGAGUUACGGAUGACUUGGUGCCUAGGAACCUAGCCAACAACUUUAUGAUUUCAGUUUGCUUUGGUAUGUACAGUGGAGGAAGAGGAACGUUGGUUGGUCGAAAUUCUGUCAACGGCGACUUGCUGUACCGUGUAGUUGUUGAUGCUAGGAAAGUUUCAUUUGAGUACUCGGGUACGCAAGGAGCUGAGACCGUGGACAUAGCUUUGCGCAAUAACUUGGAUGACAACACACUCAGAACAAUGUCUCUGCUUAUUUACUAUCCGCGAGUGACCGUGUACACAGGGAAUAAUCUAGUUGGACAUGGCAACAUGCCUAACCCAAUGCAGGAUGUCGAUGCGGGUCCGGUUUACGUAGGAAAGAUGCCGUCGAACAGACUGGCCUUUAAGGGCUAUAUCAAGUCUGCCGUCUUACGAAACGGUUUUGCUAACUUUUUGCCGCCGUAUUCGAACGGUUUCGGAGGUCUGACGGCGGCGGCGGACGUCUACCGAUUUGACGACUCAAAGAAACAAUACGCUCAAGUUCCUAAAGAUCUCGCUGUUCACGGGAUUGGCUCCGCCUUCUCUGUUUUCAUCAGGAUAAACGUGUCAAUAAAUGACGAGGGUUUUCUGUUUGCUAAAGGUGAUGAAGCCGAUAGAUCAGUCUUGGCGUACGCUGUCAAGUAUGAUGCUGAUCAUGGCGGUAAUCCGCAUCUGGACUUUUCUUACAUGUGUGUUGGCUGUUCUUCAGUUAAGCGCGAGACAGUGGAUAUUUCUCCUCGUCUUGAUGAUGGCUUGUGGCACACAUUUGGUUUAGUCGUCGACCAAACAAUAGCUGAGUUUUAUGUGGACGACUCACCACCAUACAUUACCUUUCUGGAAGGAAUAAUUAAUGAUACAAACACGGGGCACGCGUUUCGCAUCGGCGCCCAUACGCGACCUGCGGACGACGACGAUUAUUUUGACGGAGAAAUGUCGACUUUCGUUCUUCGUCCGGUCGUUACCAGCGUCGAGGAGUUUAACUGCUUCUCGUCGGGAUGCAAUGGAACAAAGUGCGUCUCCGACUGUUCUCGCUCUGACUCUCCUUGCCUGCCAGAGUCCGAUCGUUGUGUGUACGACACGGUGAAGUACACCCAGUGCGGUAUGAAAGAUUUCGUCGAUUUGUUGACCGUCGCCAACGCUCCGCGGUCGGCCACCGGUCACUUAUAUUUGAACGGCGUCGAUUGGGUGUAUGUGGCCGACUUGACGGCGUUUGGUGUGGUACCGUCACUUGUAAACGAGUCCACGAUUUCUGUGUGGAUUCGAGUGGAACAAGGCGACACCGGAUAUGUACUCAGUCAAUAUGACUCUAUAAAUGUUGUUCAGUUUGCUAUUCACGUCGGGGGAUCGACAAUAAUCGUCUCUUUCCCUACCGGUCGAGUGAUGUUAAAUGCGGGUACUGCACUAGAUGUCGAUGCCUGGAUUCACGUAACGAUUAUUGUUUCGCGAACGAACGUGACGCUGUUAAGAGACGGCGUUCAACAGGACACAAAACUGCUUCCGAAUUCGACCGAGACGUUCAACACAGACUACCCGUUUCGUAUUGGCGCAUCAUUGACGGGAUCCGGGGAAUACACCGGUUUCUUGAAGGGCAGACUACGUGGGUUGAUAGCAAGCACAAAAGCGGAAGAUCUACAUUUAAUUCAGUGUGUGUCGGAUUGUCGAGAAUAUCUACGGUACAGCACGUCGUACCUUGAGACAUCCGGUUUAUCUGGCCUCUCUGUGUCUGCCCAAUCCGUCUCUAAUUUGGAUGGCGAGACGUCGACUUCUGGGAUUGUUACUACAACGGGAAGUCUACGUUUCAGUGGCGUGGCGUCGACCGGUAAUUAUACAUCAGCGUUGCGCCAAAUCGAGUAUAUAAAUCUUUUCAAGGGAACUCGAAUGGAGCUGCGGAAUGUGUCUUGUUUGGCGUCAGACCCGUUGCAAGCGUCCGACUCGCGUGUAUCAUCGUUUUUCGUCAGUCCCAUAAAUACUGUUGCGGCUACACUAGACCUGAACAACGGCGGAUCGGAAUCAAUAUGCAGUGCGAUGUUUAAAGAGGACGAAGCGUUAGUGCGCGUGAUCUCCGACGACGCGGAGUUGAUCGACGUUGACAGUGAAGAUCUCGACGUGUCGAUGAUCGAAAUUCGUUUGGAGAAUUUGUAUGAAGACACCGGAGUCGAAGCAAUACAAUACAUGUCCACUCUUAAUGAUCCAGCGAUCAACGUUACGGUGGAGGAGGUAAACACGUCGUUUAUUAUCCUUUACGGUACAGCCAGUCACCAUGACUACGAGACAGCACUAGAGCGAAUCUUUUAUAUCAACAUGGCGGAUGAGCCGAUCGCAACAUCCCGACGUGUUUCCUUCGUCGUCUACGAUUAUCCGUACGUCAGCAAGGCAGUCAACUGUACUGUCGUUAUAUCUCUGGAUAAUGACAAUAGACCACAGAUUUUAUUAGACCCACCCACUGGUAAUUUCAGUACCGUGUUUACUGAAGACUCCGACGGGGUGUCGAUCGUCGGCGCCAACGUGAGCAUCACAGACGCUGAUGUCGAUCAGGUGGAGUUGUUCAACAUUACUGUGUCUAUUGUGGACGCCAUUGACGAGGAUUACCUCAACCAGUCGUCGACUUUUGCGUCUCUGUUGACUUUCGUGAGAGUAACCAAUAGUGAAAUCGUUAUUCAAGGCCCCGGGUCGUUUAUCGCAUUCGAAAACGCUUUAAAACUAUUGUCGUAUCGUAGCACGAAGGAUGAACCUUCGUCGCAUACGAGAAGGAUUCGAUUUGUUGCGUUCGACGGUCGCCACUCCAGUUCUGCCGUCUAUACCUUCGUCUCUAUCGAGUUUCGAGAUGAUCACGACCCUGUCGUUUAUCUCGGCGGAAACACAGUCAACAACAGCGUGUCUUUCCGAGAAGGUGGAGAGGCCAUCGGCAUCGCCGACGCCGCCGUUCGCAUUACGGACGACGACACGCAGCCGACACAGAUUGCUCGCAUCGUGAUCAGCGUGGUUGACUCAACGCAAGACGACAAACUGUCUAACUCGUCGGCUAUCCCAAAUUCUCUUCGAAUCGAAGCAACAGGCCGUGGCGACAUCGAACUGAGCGGCGACGGCUUGUUUGAAGACUACGCGACGGCACUGCGGAGGAUCACAUACAGAGACGACGGCGACGAACCUCGGCGGUUGUCCUUGACCGUUUCCGUUACAGUCUGGUGCAAGAAAAAUGGAUCGGUUAUGUGCGGUAUGUCUUCGACAUUGAUAUCAAUUGUUGCUGUGGACGAUCAUCAGCCCAUGUUUUCUCAACCCGUCUACUACGCAAACGUCACCGAGAGUGCAGUAGCGGGAACGAGCAUAGUCUACGUCGUCGUAGUCGACGCAGAUCGCUUCACGCCGUCGAAUCCCGAAUUGUCUCUCACCAAUACGUUUGACGGUCUCUUCCGUAUAAAUCAGAAAGGAAGACUCAAUCUCAGUAGGAUUGGUCUCGAUCGCGAAACGACACCAAAGUACACCCUCGAGGUCACUCUGUUUGAAUUUACGGAUGACAGCGGCAGUGCUGCUGCUAUUUCAUCAGCGAUGAUAGAAAUUAGUGUCUUGGACAUCAACGACAAUCCCCCGACGUUUGCUAAUGCGUCUUUCACGGCGUCUCUUCCCGAAAACGCACCAAUCGGCCAUCUCGUUCUUCAACUAUCAGCCAACGAUGUCGAUUCGACAGUCAAUAGUGCUAUGGUGUUUUCCAUUGUGUCGUCGCUUGUUAACCUGCCGUUUAAUGUAAGCGUCGACACGGGCCGUCUGACGGUGUCGUCAUCUCUCGACUACGAACGCCAACGGAGAUAUCAUUUUACAGUGGAGGUGUGUGAUCACGACCCUUGCGUGCCGGAAUUCAGCGACACCGCUAAUGUGACCGUCGACGUCGUCGACGUCAACGACAACGCGGUCGACAUACAGAAUGUAAACAGAGUCGUCGUUCUAAGAGAGCCCGCAGUGUCGGUCCGGGUGGCGCCCAAUGGCACUCUGGUCGACGCGGAUAGCACGUCGUCGCUCGAUCGUUUGGAGAUCAAGAUCACGUCACCGAGGAUACCGACGGAGGCCGUCACAGUUGUUAUACCGACGGAUAGUCGUGUUCAAGCAAAUUACAGUGACGGGCGGAGAACUGUGGUGAUAUCGGGACGGGCGACGGCCGCUUACUAUGAAACAAUUCUUCGCUCGAUAAGAUUCGUGGAUAACGCCACAAAUCUUCGCGACGACAAUAGAACCGUUUCGAUACGUGCAAUAGACAGUGAGUCAACUCAGGCGCCAUUUCCUGAGGUUGUCGUCCGUGUCGUUGUUUUAAUACUAAACAAUGAUCAGCCGAGCAUCGAUCUGGAUACCAGAGAUCGGAAUGCCAACGAUUUCUCUGGUGUCGCACCUGACGAUGUCGACGCUCCGGAUACGUUGAGUUUCUCCUAUUUGACUCGCUUUACAGAAGACGGCGAUGCUGUGCGACUGUCUCAUAGUUCCUUGGAAAUUAGCGACCCCGACGCGUCGGCUGUCGUCGAGCGCGCCGUUGUGAAUCUCACGAAUCCCUUAGAUGGAGACAGCGAGGAGCUCACAGUGGUAGUAACGUCUAGCAUCGAGUUAUCAAUGGAGUCUACUAAACAUGUGCUUAUAUUGGACGGUAGCGCUCAACACGACGAUUUCGAGCGUGUGCUUUAUUCUGUCCGUUACCGCAACACGGCCGUCCAACCGACUCGGCAUCCUGACACCAGCUUUCGCAUCGUGUCGUUUGUUGUUAACGACGGAAGGCACGACUCUCUUCCGGCUUACACGUACGUCGAAUUGGAUAACGUGAACGACGUGCCCGAGCUUCGGAUUGGUGAUAAUGGCGAGGUGGAUCAUCAAGUUACGUACGUAGAGGGAAACCCACCUGUUUUGAUAACAUCUCAAGACCUUGUCAUAUUGGAUGUCGACGAUACUAUGAUAGAAUCUGCUAAUGUUUUUAUUGACAAAGUCUACGAUCGAGGUGAUGAGGUUCUUAACGUUGAUAUUGGAUCUUCAGGUCUUACAGUUACGGGAAAUGGUGGCCCUCUUUUGUCACUUGGUGGAUCUGCUACAUUAGAAGUCUAUGCCACAGUUUUGAAAUCUCUGACUUACAAAAAUAAUAUUAGUCCUGGAAUGCCUGUGAUUCUUCCUCGUGAAGUCCACGUGUCUGUCAGCGACGGUGAUGGAACAAGUAACGAAGCGGUCGCGUACAUAAACUUUAAUGCUACAAACGACCCGCCUCACGUUGAUAUAAAUGGACCUUCAAUUCCCGGCGUCGACUACAAGGCAAAGUUUGUGGAAGGCAGUGCCAGUGGCGUAGAGGUAACUAGUAUCAACAUAACAGUAUCCGAUCCAGACAGUGCCAACAUAUCUAUGGCUGUCAUCGAAGUGCGUGGCCUCGUUGACGGCCCAAACAAUACCGUAGAAUACGUUUUCACCACAGACAACUUGCCUAUUGUCGAAAACAGAUCGACACACGACGGCAGCGGGCAAUACUUGAAACUCACCGGAGCCAACUCGCCGUCUCAAUACCAGCAGUACCUCAGAUCCCUACGGUACGUCAACGGGAAAGACGAACCCACUCCUGGCGUCAGAACCGUUAAGAUCUACGCUAUCGACGACAAAGAAGCACGAAGCAAUAUGCCCGUCACGAACAUUACCAUCGAUCCAGUGAACGAUCACGCGCCCAAGUUCGACCAAAACGUCUACCGAGGUUUCGUUAUUGAAAAUAUGCCCAUCGGGACGCCGAUCGACGUCAAUGUGAGUGCGACGGACGACGACCGACACGGACGGGAUCGAUUGACGUUUAGCAUCGACGGACCGUUCGACGUCGACCCGUCAAGCGGCGCCGUCACUACCUCUAAGCAAUUGGAUCGAGACGUCGCGAACGGAAGCAACUACAGCGUUCGUGUGACGGUCCAGGAUCAUCAAGGUCAAACGAUUUCCAUGUCGUCUUCAUCGAUUGUGAUCGUCGAGGUCCGAGAUGUCAACGACAACGCGCCGACGUUCGAUCAAAAUUCGUACAACGUAACCAUUCAGGAGGAUAUCGACGUCGAUGUGUCUUUCUUUCAAGUGACGGCAAGCGACAUCGAUGAGAAGAUUAACUCUCAAGUUUUUUAUGACAUCGAGAUUGUCGGAUCGGGAUUGGCUGCUCCGAUAGAGAUCAAUAAUUCAUCUGGAAAGAUUUCGAUUAGUCGGUUGUUGGACUACGACGACGGCGACAACGAAUUUGUGAUUGAUGUUGUCGCGACCGAUCGUGGAUUUCCUGCAUUGUCAUCAAGUGCAAGAGUGAGCGUUUUUGUAACGGAUGUCAACGACAACGCGCCGGUGUUCGAGAAAGAGUCGUACAACUCGAGUGUGCUCGAGAACGCGACUGACAGUUUUACGAUUCUAACCGUCCGGGCGACGGAUAGGGACUCUGAUAUGAACGGCAUUGUUAGCUACGAGCUUGAACGAGGCAAAGACGUUCCGUUUCGUGUCGAUCGAAAUACGGGCGAUGUUACUGUUGACGGUCCUCUGGAUUACGAGACGACCCGGAUGUAUGAUUUUAAUGUGAUGGCUACAGACCGCGGCGCCCCAAACAUGUCGAGUACAGUCGUGGUACACAUCGAUGUUAUCGACGUCAAUGAUAAUGAUCCAGUUUUUGAGCGGAUGAAUUAUGUGAUGGCCGUGUCUGAGGCUGCUCCGUCUGGCACGUUUGUGGCCAACGUGACGGCAACAGAUGUCGACUCUAUUUCUUACGGAACGAUUUCUUAUUUGUUUACGAGUGGUAGUUCUGUCGACGAGCCUUUUGAGAUCACUACUGAUACCGGAGUUAUAAGAACGUCUUCAGCUUUGGACUUCGAGAUGACAAAGAAUUAUAAUCUGCGGGUUCGUGCGUCGGACGGUACUCGCUCUGCGGUCGCCGUCGUUGCCGUCAGAGUGCUGGAUCACAAUGACAACUCGCCGACAUUCGACAACUUGACAUAUUCAUUGUCGGUGUCGGAGAACGCAAUGGUUCCGUCCAGACUUCUAACGUUGAGAGCUGAAGACGCCGACUCGGGACUAUUCGGCUCGAUAUCAUAUCACAUUACGAAAGGUAACGAGCGUAGACAUUUCGACAUUGGAAACGAGACUGGAGACGUAAUGUUAAUCGAGGGGUUAGACUUUGAAGUCGGCAAACAGUUUGUGCUUGAGAUUGUGGCAAGAGAUGGCGGUCGUCCGCCGUUGAGCGGUACCACGUCUGUGAGGAUCACUGUUCUAGACGUAAAUGACGUCAGACCUACUGUUAAUAUUAGUCGCGCUGAAGUGCGUUAUGUCGAAGAUUCACCGUCACUCGAGAUUGCUGCGGAUAUUGAAGUAAACGACGGUGACAGCGAACAACACUUGAUAGUGGAGGCCGUUGUGCGCAUGACAAGUCCACAUUGCGAAUUAACGAGUCAAUCCAUUACAACCAUGUGUCAGUCGGAUUUCAAUUGUCGGAUGAGUUGUGGCGAGAUUUUAGGAAUCGAUGGAGGAGCACACACACAAAUCCAAAUCUCUUAUAGUUCCGAUCGUCACACCAUUACUCUCACUGGAUCAGCAUCACCGAGUGUAUACCAACAAGUACUAAGAACUCUCACUUACACGCAUGCGUUCGACGAGCCUCCGCCUGGACAGCGACGUCUGACUAUCACAGUCUCGGACAGUCUGCACUCUGCGUACGCAUCGCUUACCAUCAAUGUUGAUCUUCGCGAUGAUCAUCUUCAGCGGCUUACGGCAGGAAUGUUAACGUUUGAUUAUGUAGAAGAGGGCGAGCCCAUUAUGGUGGGGGUCGGUGCUGAUGUAUCUGCGCAAGAUGGUGAUCGCAGUCCGCACGAUUUGUACCGUCAACUUCGCGUGACGGCGAACGGCCUUGUCGACGGGACGGACGAAAGUUUGUCGGUCGAUUUGUCAGGCAGCGCGUUGAGCGUUUCGUAUGUGAACGACGACGGCGUGCGGAACGUUGAACAGGAAGGAACGGGGUCGGGAGACGACGGGAUCGUUAUGCUUCACUCGACGUUUGUUAUCGAGUCUGUCACGUCGGUUCCUGCCGAUUCUUUUCUUAACGUUUUCAAGACUUUGAUGUACGUGAAUUAUCUGAAGGAACCGACCGUCGGGAUCCGAAUUCUCAGCUUGACUCUUCACGAUCAGUUCAACGUGUCAAGUCCGCUUGAGCUGCUAAUUAGUGUGAGGACAGAAAAUGACCAUCCUCCGCAGCUGAGCGUUCUGAACGCUUCGGUGGUGUUGUCGUACAUGGAGGAAUCGGGAGAUUUUGGUGUUGCUCGGUUGGUAGGUCUUGGUAUUAGUGAUGAAGAUCGUAAUGAUGCUGACAGAGUCAUACAUAAUGCGACAGUCAGCUUCGAUAAUCCUCUAGACGGAGGUGACGAGGAAAUCAGCGUGAAUGUGUCCGGAACAAACGGUGUGACUGCCAUCAAUCGCGGGAGCUCCAUCUUUCUGUCAGGCAUUUCAAAUCUAGAAGCUUACCAGCGUGUGCUGCGCAGCUUGACUUAUCACAACAAUCGCCCCGAACCGACUGUGGGAACGCGACGAAUUCAAAUCUACGUUAGCGACGACAAACUAGUCAGCAACACCAUCACAAUCACGCUCAACGUCAUCCUUCUCAACGACAACGGACCGAACCUGGUGACAAACGGAAUGACACUCAAUCAUGCAGAAAAUGCUGCGACUGCACUCGACGUCGGGACAGAGGCAGACAUUAGGUUGACAGACAACGACAUGGGAGAUAGGGUGGCUACACUGACUGUACAACUGAUCGACGGGGAUCCUGUUGAGACCAUUUUUGGUACCGGAUUUAGUGGAACGUCGCAUUAUCUAACGUACGAAGGUUCUCGAGAUAUUCUAACAGCAGAGGCGCGACUCAGAGGUUUGCAAUACAGACUGUCUACCCUCUCGGGGGCCCCCGAACCAAGACGAGGAAUCAGAUACGUUCGUAUCAUCGUCACCGACGAUGCAAACCGAUCGGAUAUGACCGCUGUUAACAUUUCUCUCACACUCGUCAACAACGUGGCGCCGGUUCUGACGGCGAAUCGUUCCAUAGUGACGUACGCGGAAGGAUCCGGGUCGCUUUCGGUCGGAGAAUUGGCGGGAAUCGCGCUGUCGGACGGAGACGAUAAUGUCGAAUUUCUAAUGCAGAAUGCGACUGUAACAUUGUCGGAAGUGUUGGACCCUGAUGAACGACUUACAGUGAGUGGAUCGAGUGAUGGCAUUUCUGUCCGUUAUGUUAGCGACGCUCAAUUCGUGCUACAAGGCCCGGAUACGGUGACCGCUUUCGUGUCGAGACUGCGACAGGUAACGUACGACAACGCCGCCGCCGAACCGACGGUCGGAAACCGCACCGUCGCCGUCCGAGUCGACGACGGUCGUCACGACAGCAAUCUUCUCCUUAUCACGCUCUCCGUCUCUCUCGUUGACGACAACCGGUUGGUCAUCUCGUGUUCGGACGGCGAGAAUACGACGUUUACGGAGGCGAGCGGCAACGGGUCGUCGACACCCGUCGCCGUCGCUCCGAAUCUCGUCUUGCUUGACAGAGACUUAGAUCACACUAUUUCGUCUGCUGUCGUCCGACUCGUCGAUAACCCAGAUGGAAGAGAUGAGAGUAUCGCCGGUACGAGUAUGUUUGGGUUGAUCGCCGAGAAUUUAGAGACUAUGGUCAACGUGUCGUCGUCUGGAAAAGAUUUCGAGUAUCGUGCGCUUCUGGCGGCUAUCGAAUACGACAACAAGGCGUCGGAGCCGACGGGCGGCACAAGGUUGGUGUCGUUUAAGGUGUACGACGGGCGCAAGGUUGUGGAGUGUACUCGAAGUAUUGAGGUUGUGACCGUCAACGAUAAUACUCCUGUGGUUGAUCUCAACGGCGCAUCGGUGGAUGGAGUUGACUAUUCGACGCGAGUGGAUUUCUUGUCGGUUGAUGCUGUUGCGGUCGCACCGGCGGCGGCGACGGUGACGGAUGCGGAUGGUGUAAUUACAGAAGUGCAGCUGGAUGUUGAUGAUCCGAAGGACGAUGAGAGAUUUGUUGUGUGCAAGUUGCCGUCUGCUACUUCAUGUGUCAUAACGAUGGGCGCAUGCGACUGCAGCAAUGGCGCGGUCGCCGGGUCCAACUCCAUCCUAUCCACUGUACUGUCACAAGGCUAUCAAGUCAAGUUAUCUCAAACAUAUGGCGCAGAUCCGUCACUCUUUGAGGCCGCUCUCAAGGAUCACGUGAAAUACUCACACAGCACGACAAGACCGACUGCACCAGAAACACUCCGACAGAUCAAGGUCGUCGCUCACGACGGCACAUUCUACAGCAAAGAAGCGACCGUCAACGUGACCGUCGUUUUGUCUAAUGUCGUUCCGGUCGUCGACUUGAACAGUUUGGACAAUCCGGGACUUGAUGUUGACACAGUGAUGUUCGAACCGCUUGAUUUUUCGACGACACCCGUUGUGAGUUUGGUGAGCGGUGAUGUUGCGACAUUGGUGACGGAUGAUCAUAACAUCGCUAUGGUGACGGCGACGUUGCUCGAUGCACCCGACGGCGGAGAGGAGCGUCUUUCCGUAGACAGAACGAAAGUUCCGAUGGGCGUCGACGUCAGCGGAAUAAAGGUUAUUGUGUAUGAUGUUACAUCGAGAAGUUUGGUAUUGCACGGCGAGGCUACACCAGCUGAAUAUUCCGCUCUACUCAGCACAUUGCAGUACGAAAAUGAAAACAUGGUGGAUAUUUUCGAUCGCGUACAAAGCUUGCGAACAAGAGAAAUUCAAGUCGUCGCUGUUGACGUGAACGGCGGUACAAGCGACAAUGCGACGGCUCGUGUGUCGUUCGAUAGAGUGUGCCAUACGAGAGGUCUGAUAACUCAAGUGACGAGUCAGAAGCUUGUCGGCAGACUGGGCAUGUGCAAUCGAGUGGCGGAAAAUCCGGGCAUCUACAUACAUUGCACGUCUACGUGCGACAUAACGUCACUCGUUCCACUCAGAAAUCUGACGAGUGUGUCUGGGCGUAUAAUCUUGCAGUCUACCCUAGUGACGACCCUGGCCGGUCUGGAAAACUUGACGACGUACAACGGUCUUCAGAUCUACUCAAAUACUCGCCUCACAAAUUUAUCCGGACUCUCCAGCAACGUCGAUUCUCCGUCCUCCGAGUUUUCCGUACUAAACAUUCAAGGGAAUACCGACCUGACUGAUAUCGCAGAGCUGCGAAGCUUGACGUCUAUUACAGGAAGUGUAGAAAUCGGUGCUAACAAGCUGAGGUCACUUUCCGGAUUGGAAAAUUUGGUGUCGGUCGGUGGCCGCCUCGCCAUAUUUUAUGAACAGAGCAUUACGGAUGUCGAUGAGUUAUUGGCUCUUCGGACUAUCGGCGGAUCGCUGUCGGUGUUUCUAAAUGAAAAACUACGACACAUCGACGGACUGGCUGGUUUGAACAAAAUCGGUUCGUACGUGGCGAUUCAGAGCAACGAUGCGCUGUGCUACUUUCUCAACAGAAGCAUCGAGACACACUUCACAGCAAUUGCUUCUGGAAUUAUCGCCAUUAGGAACAACGCGGCGGCGUGCGGGACGCCUCGCGGAUGCGUGACGUCGCCGUGUCUCAAUGGCGGCAGUUGUAGCGACACGUCGGGAGGAUACACGUGCUCUUGUCCGAUGUUUUACGACGGGGUGAGUUGCGAGGCGUUCGACGACUGUUCGAGUAACCCGUGUCAAAACGGAGGAACGUGUACGAACUCCGUCGACGGUUUCGAGUGUGCGUGUCUUGACGGAUACGACGGCCGUCGAUGCGGCGCCGACGUCGACGAGUGCGCGUCGUCGCCGUGUCGGAACGGCGGCACGUGUUCGCACGGAAUCGACUAUUAUAACUGUACAUGCUCGAAUGGUAUAAGCGGCGCUAACUGUGAGGUAAACAUCGACGACUGCGGCGCCGACUCGUGUGCGAACGGCGGCACGUGCGUCGACGCCGUCAACGGAUUUGAGUGUGUGUGUCCGAUCGGCUUUACGGGAGAGAGAUGCGAGAGUGAGAUAGACGAAUGUUUGUCUAAUCCUUGCUUGUCGGGUACGUGUGCGAACGAAAAAGGGUUCUACGUUUGUCACUGCGAUCCCGGAUAUACGGGCUCUCAGUGCGAAACGGAACUACGGGAAUGCCAAUCGAAUCCGUGUAGGAACAAUGGGACUUGUAAUGAUCUGGUGGGCGAAUAUAUGUGUCUGUGCAAGCCUGGAUUUACUGGAGCUCUGUGUGAGGAAAACAUCGACGAAUGUGAGAGCAAUCCGUGCCGCAAUCGGGGAACGUGUGUCGACCAUGUCGAUGGUUACACUUGUCGAUGUAUUGAUGGGUACACCGGAGAGCAAUGCGAAACGGACGUCGACGAAUGCGCGUCGAUGCCGUGCCGCAACGACGGGACGUGUUCCGACGAUUUGGACGGGUAUCGGUGCGCUUGCUUGCUCGGUUUUACGGGAGACAACUGCGAAGUAGACGUCAACGAGUGUUCGUCGUUUCCGUGUCAGAACGGCGGCGGAUGUAACGACGGAGUGAACGGAUAUAAUUGCGAGUGCGUGCCGGGUUUCACGGGUUCUCGAUGCGAAGAAGAUGUAGAUGAAUGUGCGUCCAAUCCGUGUCUGAACGACGGAACUUGCACGGACAACGUCGCCUCCUACAGUUGUUCCUGUCUGGAUGGUUUCACUGGUGAUCAGUGCCAACAUGCCAUGACAAUCCAAGACAAAUUCAACGCUUGCGGCGUGACAUCUGGAAUCGUGAGCCUAGUUGAUGCCUCUACGGACGCCUUUGGUAGAGCAACAUUUAACGGAAGCGAAGUUCGACGAACUGCAGUGACAUACAGUGAGAAUACAACAGGGUACGUCUUUGCUGCUGACGUCUGGCAACAGCCGGGAAACAAUGGUACAGUAUUACGAGUGCCCACAGAGAGCCCGGAUGAUUUAAGCAUAACAUCGAAGGGAGACGGAGACAGGCUCGAAUUGGAAGUCGGAACUAUGACGGAGUCGUUUGCAUUGGCGUCGCCGCUGGAUGACGGCGCCAUGCACAGAUUCGUUGUCGUGGUAACGGACGUCGAAGUCGAGAUAUUCGUCGACGGAAAACGGAUCGGACGUUCUCGAUUCGGCGCGUCGUUUUCCGGCUUGGGCGCGAUAGAAUUGGGAGGCAAGAACGGCGGCGGUGAUUUCGUCGGUUUUAUUGGCGAUGCGUCGGCAGCAGAAAACGACUUCGUCAAGUAUAACUCGUCGUUUGCUAUAUGCGUGAGUGGUUGCUACGCGAACGCAUGCGCUAAUGGCGGCGUGUGUAUCGACGACUACAACGGACGACACCACUGCGUCUGUCCGGCGGAUUUUACGGGAGACGACUGCUCGACGCGUUCGGAUUCGUUAGACGAAACGAAGACUGCAAGAUUCUACGGCGUUUCUUAUCUCGAGAUAAACAACACGCUCACAAGGCUUGCGACCAAUAUCUCGGUGUGUGUGAGAACCAAGUGCAAAGCUGGCUUGAUUUAUUAUACACGUCAACUGCCGGCAGACGCCGUACCGAAUCCUAAAGACUAUUUUGCUAUCCGCCUGGUCGACGGCAAAGUUGAGUUCUCAUUUCGACCUAACUCCGUUGGUAUUUUGACACUCACCAGCGAGCAGAACGUCGACGACAACCAGUGGCAUUGCAUUCAAGCAGUCAGAAACGGCCUGCAAGGGACACUUGUGGUUGAUGACAAAUCCAAGAGUCAAGUGGCCGGCGGUGAUUUUGACUCGUUGGAUGCGACGGGUCAUGUUUGUGUCGGUGGCGUCCCGGAUGUCGGCAAAGUGAUCGAACUCGGUAGCUCUACGGGUUUCAACGGAUGUAUCCGGGACCUGAUUGAAGACGGUACACUCCGCGAUCUGCAGCAGCAUUUGUCUUAUCGAGCAGUAGGCUUCGGCCACUGCCAAGGACCUCGUACCUGCGACUGACUGCAGUAGACUUUGUGCUUAGGCAAUUUUGCGUAGUGCGUAAAUACGUGACCGUAAGCUAUGUCGUGAUUAUGUGUAGUUAGAAAUAUAAGCAAUUAGCAGCAA